AUGUCAAACGGGACACCCUACUUCCUCCCCGCCGAAAAGGCCCAAGGCCUGGCAAAUUACCCCCACGCCCGCUUCGCCCCGACGGCUCCCCAUCGCACUCUCUACAUCUCGGGCACUUCAUCACGGCGCGGCGACGGCACCUGGGACGGCGUGACCGAGCACGCCGACGGGUCCUGGACCCUCGAUAUCGAAGAACAGACGGCCGCCGUGCUGCGCAAUAUCGAGGCCAUCAUCCAGGGCGCGACCAACGGCACCGGCGGGCUGCAGAACAUCGUCGACGCGACGGUCUUUAUGAUCGAUCUUCCGCAGAACUACAGCGGCAUGAACGAAGAGUGGAAUAAGGUGUGGCCGGACCGAGCGAACGCGCCGGCCAGGACGACGAUCGGGGUGAAGGAGCUGCCGAAUCCACGGUUGUUGGUGGAGAUCAAGUGUACGGUUGCGGUUUAA